UGAGGUGUUUAGGGUUGUUACUAGGAUGUCUCUAAGUGGUUCCUAGAGUGCUAUGGGUGGUUGCUAGGUAGUUGCUAGUUGGUCACCGGGUUGUUCGGAGUAGUUGUAUGGGAGUUGCUUGGCAGGUAGCCUAGUUUCUAGGUUAUUCAGGGUGGUUGCUAGGGCAUUGCUGUGGUGUUGUAGGUGGUUGCCGGGGUGUUGGGAGUAGUUGUAUGGGUGUUGCUAGAGAGUUCCUAGGAUGUUCAGGGUGGUUGCUAGAGCAUUGCUAAGUAUGCUGUAGUGUUGUAGGUGGUUGUUAGGGUGUUACUAGGAUACUCAGGAUAGUUUCUAGAGCAUUGCUAAGCAUGCCUACAGUGUAGUAGGUGGUUGCUAGGGUGUUGCUAUGUGAUUUCUAGGAUGUUCAGGGUGGUUGCGAAGUACGCUAUGAUGUUGUAGGUGGUUGCUAGGGUGUUGCUAGUUGGUUGCUGGGGUGUUCGGAGUGGUUGUGUGGGCAUUGGUAGGUAGUUAUUAGGAUGUUCAGGGUGGUUACUAGAGCAUUGCUAAGUAUGCUAUGGUGUUGUAGGUUGUUGCUAUGAUGUUGUAGGUGGUGGCUAGUUGGAUGCUGGGGUUUUCAGAGUAGCUGUAGGUGGUUGCUAGGGUGUUGCUAUGGUGUUGUAGGUGGUUGCUAGGGUGCUGCCGGGGUGUUCUGAGAGGUUGCUAGGUUUGCUUGGCAAUUGCUGUAAGUGGGUUGUUUUAUGCCAAUGCUAAUUAAUGUUAGUUUGGUGUAAUGUAAUGCUGCAUGCUGGCAGAGGACACGUCCUCAAGAGACGGCCUUUGGCAUGAUGUCAUGACAAACAUAAACAUGAGUUGCUGGCGUGUGUCUGGGUUUGAGGAAGCACUGUGUCAGUGUGUCUCGCACUGAAGGGAGGGAGAGCAAACGUCUCCUGCUCUCUGUUUGUCUUCCUCAUUGGCUCGAAACGUGUCCUCGCUGACUGUCCUGCAUGUCCAGAUGUCUUAAGUCUCCGCCUUCCCUUGAGAUUCUGCAGACAGCAGUAAAGGUUAUCACAGGAAUUCUAGAUUUCACUGCAACUCUCAAUAAGAGAGCUUCAUCUCGUGAUCUUCCUGGACCAUGAGUGGUGGUGUGAACCUGAAGACGAUGUCUCAGAGCGGCUCUGGUAUUCCUCUGCCGCGGAGCCUGACCAGCCUCUCCAAACAGGACACCAGAGGCUUGAGCGGCGCUUUACUGGGUCCAGCCGCCCAAAACCAGCUGGCUGGACGAACAUCCACAUUAUCUUCCUCAGCCUCAUCCAUAUCGUCUCUAUCCAUCUCAAAGGAGUUACUCAGAGGGACCGGAUGGAGAACUCAGUCUUCACAGGGAACACAUGGGACGUCUGGUGGCACAAACAGGCCGUCGUUUGCUCCCCGUUCGGCCCACAGCAGCCCACAUGUGCCCAGACGAGAGAUGAUCCCAUUCAAAAACAGCCUCCGGAGGGGCUCGUUGCCCCAGGAUGGAUUCAGAGACCUGGAGAGACACUCCAACAAGAACUGGAGAUCUGGCCGCCAUCACUUCAGGAGUCUAGACAAUGAGGUUGUUGAAUCUUCUCGAGAGCAACAGACGGGUCAAGCCCUUCGUAAGCCUACCAACGGGAACGUCAUUUGGGAAACGUCAACUGCUGUUCAGAGGGACUUUCAGAAGCAGCGGAUGAAAAUACUGGCUCGUGGUUACGGCAACAGUGGAACGAUUGCGUCUAAAUCCAAGGCAUACGGCACAAACGCGGGUCCUGCAGGAAGGGAGUCUCCACGCAUGGCAGCGGUGGCACCUUUCAGAUACAGGCUGCAGGUUGGAGAGGACACUGAAGCUUCUCUUGAGGAUCUGAGCGAUUGUUCCUCAGACUCUGUGGAAGUGUGCUGUGAGGAUUUAGAUCCCGAGUCUCAAAGGAAACGGACGGUUCAGAAUGUCCUGGAUCUCAGACAGAACCUGGAGGAAACCAUGUCCAGCCUGCGAGGGACUCAGCUCAGCCAGAGUUGUCUGGACAGCAGCGUCUGCUACGACAGUGAUGAAACCAACGCUCGUAGCAUCUCCAGCCUCUCCAACCGCUCCUCUCCUCUCUCCUGGCGCCACGGCCAGUCCAGUCCUCGUCUGCAAGCCGGUGACGCUCCUUCCUCAACGGGCAGCAGCUAUGUGUCGGGCAGCAAGGCCUUGUCUCAGUACACCUCUCACACCAUGCCUGCCCGCUGCUCCAGCCUCCUCAGCCACACGUCACGCAGCGAGUUCAUCGAAGGCCUGGACGCCGGAGACAGCGACCUCAAGUCUGGUUACCUGAGUGAUACUGAUGUACUUUGCAAGAGCCUUAAUGACGACGAUGACGACAAUCUGGCCAAUGGCUGGGACGAGAGCAGCUCCAUCAGUAGUGGUUUGAGUGAUGGUUCAGAGGAACUCAACGCCAGCUCGUCUCUCAACUCCCUCCCCAGCACACCUGUCGGCUCGCGACGCAACUCCUCCGUCAUGUUGCGGACGGAUGCAGAGAAGCGCUCUCUGGUGGAGAGUGGACUGGCGUGGUACAGCGAGGACAGCAAGUCCUUACGGACAGCUGAUGGAGUUUAUGACACAGGCAGCCUAAAAUCAGAGCCUUCCAGCAAGUGGAGGAAAACUCGGCUGCCGGAUGGUUCUGCGCCGGACAAGACAGGGAAAGGAGAACUGAAGAAACCUCAGAGUCUAGGACAACCUGGGAGCUUCAAAAAGGGCCGCAAUCCUCCUGUGGGCGUCACCUCUCCCAUCACACACACUUCACAAAGUGUGCUAAAAGUUGCAGUUUCUAAAGGAGACACUAAGGCAGUUGACAAGGUGAAAAUGUCCGUCAAGGCAACGAGUCUCCAGCGUUCCCGCUCCGAUGCGGGCCGGGACAACGAGCACCGCAAGCCUCCCUCAGGUCUGGUCAAACCCUCCGCCGGAGCCUCCUUCGGUUACAAGAAACCUCCGACCACCGGAACCGCCACCGUCCUGACAGCAGGAGGCGCCACUAUCACCAGCGGCUCGGCCACUGUGGGCAAGACCCCCAAGUCCUCGGGCAUCCCCAUCAAACCCGUCCCAGGCGGAGGUGGACGCAAAAACAGCCUGGACGCCAGCGGCUCCGAACAGGGUUUCCUGGCGCCCAACGCUCGCGGGAGCAUUCAAUAUCGCAGUCUGCCGCGGCCUGCCAAAUCCAGCGCUAUGAGCUUGACCGGACGCCCUUCCUCUCGCCCUGUUAGCGGCAGCAUCGACGUCAGUCUCCUCACCCUCAAACCCGUACCGCCUCUGUCCAACACCAUGCCCACCAGAGGAAGAGAUGGAGGCGGCUUGAAAGCGGCUAGUCGCCCGAGCACCACCGGACCCGUCAACCAAACGGACCGAGAGAAGGAGAAGGAGAGGGCCAAGGCCAAAGCCGACCUGGAGAUCAGCUGUCUGAAGGCUGAGAACCAGAGCGACAGCUGUGCAGAGACUGUGGAGAAGAUCCACCGAGUGCGGAGGACGAGCACGUGUAAAUACCCAGAACUGAUUUCUCCGACCAGCACGCCAAGGUUGUUGAGCAGUAAGUCUCUAGUACAUCCUCCCAGCCUGGCUCAUCUAGACAAGCUCAACUCCAACAGUCUGGACUCCUGUAUCACCAUCCAUGACCUUCCUCCAAAGAUCCCUCCCUACUCCAAGCUGCAGGACCUGGCGGGCUCCCGCGUUCCCCCUCGACUCACCCCGAGCCCCGCGCCGGUGCUUCACAUCGACUCUCCCAGCUGUUUCUCAGGCCAGACGCUGUCGGUCAGCAGCUCCCCCAUCCUCUACCCCAGGAUGUCCGGCCUGCACCGCAGCAUGGAGUCGCUGCCGCUUCACAUGAGCGUCCCCAGCAAACCGGAUCUGGGAGAGCGGGACGAAGCCAGGAGUACUGGGACGUGGGGCGCAGGCAGCCGGACGUCCAUGACUUUGGGCAACAGUCGCUAUGGCAGCGGCCAAUCAGAGGGAGAAGUGAGGGAACGCCGUCAUUCCCACACGAUCACGAGCAUGACGGAUUCGGAGAGCCCACCACAGCUGCCCUCGCCGACACACGUGACGCAGCCCUUCCUGGGAAAAACACCGCCGACCAACGUGGUGGCACCAAUCCCGAGUUCAGGCUCCGGUUCCCAGAUCACACGCUCCAACAGCAUCCCGGCGAAUGACAUGGGCUACGAGCUGUACGGCACAUCUCCUCUGGGCAGCUCUCUGUCUCUGGCCGACCGACCAAAGAGCAUGAUGAGAUCCGGAUCCUUCAGAGAGCCGAGUGAAGACGUUCAUGGAUCUGUGCUGUCUCUGGCCUCAAAUGCCUCAUCCAACUAUUCAUCGACUGAAGAGAGAAUGCAAGGAGAGCAAAUCCGGAUACUGAGGCGUGAGCUGGAGUCAUCUCACGAUAAAGUGACCAGUCUGACCAACCAACUCUCAGCAAAUGCAGGCCAGGCUAACCUGGUGGCGGCGUUUGAGCAGAGUCUGGCCCUCAUGACGGCGCGCCUGCAGAGUCUGUCAGUCACUUCUGAGCAGAAGGAUUCUGAGCUACAGGACAUGAAGGAAACCAUAGAAGUCCUAAAGGUCAAGAACACAGAAGCCCAGUCCAUCAUUCAAGGGGCCCUCAAUGUCCCCGAAACCACACCCAAAGAGUUGCAGAUCGACCGGCAGAACUCGUCAGAGAGCAUCUCCAGUCUGAACAGCAUCACCAGUCACUCCAGCGCCGGCAGCCUGAAGGAACAGGAGGCCAAGAAGAAGAAGAAGAAGAGCUGGGUCUAUGAGCUGAGGAGCUCCUUCAACAAGGCCUUCAGUAAAAAGGGAUCCAAAGCACCAUACGCAGAUAUAGAGGAGAUCGCAACGCCGGUCACAUCUGCCCCGUCUUCACCCAAAAUCCAACAUCAUGUGGAUAACGCCUCCGCAAAGGCCUCGACUUCAACAUGGGGAUCGUGCGAGGGCCGUGAGGACACUGAGCACGAAGAGAAAGGGGUGUCAGAGUUACGCUCGGAACUGUGGGAGAAAGAGCGCAAGCUGACGGACAUCCGUUUGGAGGCGCUGAGCUCCGCCCAUCAGCUGGAGCAGCUGCAGGAGGCCAUGACCAACAUGCAGAUGACGGUGGAAAACCUGAAGGCGGAGAAUAACCAGCUGAAGACGAGUGGCCCCUCCUCCAGACCGCCGAGCUCCACCUCCCAGUCCUCUGGGCUCGGUUCAUUGGGCGUCUCAUCACCAUGGCAAUCGGUGUCGUCUUUCGGCAAAACCGGCAUGGGACAAAAUGAGCCUUACCCAGAUGUCUUUCAAAGCCCCACCACGACGUUGCAGAAGGACGAAAGUCUCGUCAGAGUGUUGGUUCGCAUACCCAAUCAGCACCUAUUCAAAGACGAGGUGAAACAGCUGGAGUUUUUAAUUGGCACGGUUAAAAUGAGCGGACGGACAGACUGGUUUGCUCUGGACUCUGCAGUUAUCCAGGCUUUUAAAGAGUAUUUAGCGGUGGUGGACCCCGGCUCCAGUCUCGGUCUCUCUCAGGACUCCAUCUACAGCUACAGCCUAAGCCAUGUGAAGAGGGUUCUGGGAGCGCAGCCGCACGAGACGAAUCCUGUGCGCCUCUACAGCAAAGGCUCCUCCUGCAUCAGCGUGACUCUGAAAGGACUGAAGGAGAAGUGUGUGGACGUUCUGGUGUUUGAGUCGCUCAUCCCCAAGCCCAUGAUGCAGCAUUACAUCAGUCUGCUGCUCAAGCACCGGCGCUUGAUCUUAUCGGGCCCCAGCGGCACAGGGAAGACCUACCUCACCAACCGCCUUGCCGAGUACCUGGUGGAGCGCAGCGCUCGAGAGGUUACACCCGCCAUCACCACCACCUUCAACAUGCACCGCCAGUCCUGCAAGGACCUUCAGCUCUAUCUGGCCAAUCUGGCCAAUCAGACCGAUCGGGAGAGCAGCACAGCUGAGAUCCCGCUGGUUGUCAUCUUGGAUGAUGUGCAUGAUGCAACAUCUCUCAGUGAACUUGUUAAUGGUGCUUUAACCUGUAAAUAUCAUAAAUGUCCAUAUAUAAUAGGGACAACCAAUCAGCCAGUGAAGAUGACCCCUAACCAUGGCCUACACCUCAGCUUCAGGAUGGUGAUGUUUUCCAAUAACGUCGAACCAGCAAACGGAUUCCUGGUACGUUACCUGCACAGAAAGCUAAUGGAGGCUGAAGAUCCCAGGAGCGUGAAGAAUGAAGAUCUGCUGCGGGUGCUGGACUGGGUGCCCAGACUCUGGUACCACCUUCACACCUUCCUGGAGAAACACAGCACCUCUGAUUUCCUCAUUGGUCCCUGCUUCUUCUUGUCCUGUCCAGUAACUGUAGAGGAAUUCCGCACGUGGUUUAUCGAUCUUUGGAAUCACUCAAUCAUCCCGUACCUGCAGGAAGGAGCCAAAGAUGGCAUUAAGGUUCACGGGCAGAAGUCGGUGUGGGAGGAUCCGGUGGAGUGGGUCAGAGGAUCUCUGCCCUGGCCGUCUGCUCAGCAAGACCAGGCCAAACUCUUCCACCUGCCUCCCCCGAGCACAGGCCCCGGCAGCCCCAGCCAGCCAGGAGACGAUCGGCCACAUAAAGAGACGCCGCCCAGCUCCGUCGAGUCAGAUCCACUGAUGGCUAUGCUGUUAAAACUACAAGAGGCUGCCAAUUACAUCGAGUCACCAGAGAAAGAAACCGAUCCAAAACUCCCUCCUCUCUGAACAUCUCCUCCAUCUCUCCGGCCGCCCAUGUCCAGGUCCAAACUCCGUCACCUGCAGAUGACACUGUACUGUUACUGUAAAUGCUGUUAGUGCAUUUCACCCACUCUUUUAUUAUAUUAUUCAUCCCACCUUGUUUAUUUCAGUGGAAUGUCCCUUACAGAAAAGUACUGUGGUGGUACCGUGGUUCAGUGAUGCUAUCACGUGGUAAUACCGUGGUACCCUCUCAUAUAGGUAGUUGACUUGUUCUGCAGUAUGACAUGCUAUACGACCAUUUUAAACAGCAUUUUGCUCUUUUAAAGUUAUUAUGCAUGCAGCAUGCAUACUAAUGAAUGAGCUCCUAUGAAUCGUAAGAUUACAUAGGGUAUUUGUACUUGUAAAAAUGGAUUUGUUGCACCUCAGGACCUUUAAAAUGAACUAGUGACGGCAAAAAUAGUGGUUAAAAUGGUAGAAAAACUUCAGGAAGAAAUGGUGACCCAUUACAGCACAUAAAACUACACUUUUCUGUAUACGUUCAUUUAUUUAAACCUUUACAAAAUAGUUGAAAUAUUGGUGGUGAUCCUUAAAACUAUCCAUAUACCGUGGUGCUGAGUAAAUAACAUGGUAUUAUCAUGUUAGUGACCAAACCAUGGUAAUACCACCACAGCCGGUUCAUCCAUGGUAAUUUUUUGUUUUUACCAUGGUACUUUUAUGUAAGGGCUUGCAAAAACAAUAUUUUGUCAUGAAAUGUAACUCUUUCUCCUAAAACAAAUGAUGAAACUGAUCAUUUUAUAGCACUUCUAUCUGCAUAUUUCUGUUUACGGACGCUUUAGUACGUAUGUAAUUCUCUUUGCGGUAACUUUUACUGUUCCACUGCUGCCCGUAUUAACAACUCAAUGAUACAGGUGCUAAAAUCGCUAGUGUGCGCGCGUUACUUCAUCUCGUGGUAAUGAAUAAGAGCCAACAUGGGAGAUACUGGGAAAUAUUAUGUCUCACUUAAUAAUGUAACACUUUACAGGCCACUUUAGCCUAUGCUGCUUUUUGUACGCUUCAUUUCUUUUGAAUAUGGCCACAGCAUAAGCUAGUUUAACCCCAGAAACACUUAUGCAGACUGCAUUACACCUUCUUCCUCUUUCUAACACAGUGAAUGCCUUACAACAGAUUCUAAGUGUGCUAUCAUCUUCCCUUUUCACUCUG